GGAUCUCACUAUCUCUCUUUCAACUUCACUGUCUUCUUAUCUCUGUAGCCUAUAUUGCAUUAAAUUAUAUACUACCAGUUCUCUUCUUGUUUUUCAUGUUAGAAAAGUCUCCUUCGUCCACACCCACAUAUAUUGAAUCUGACCUAAAGUUAGCCAACUGUCAACCCAUUUAAUUUUCUUAUAUCUACCCUCUAUUAUCUUCUUCCCCAAAACGGGAAAAUUAUAUUGAAGCUAAUUCUUCAACACCAAGAAAAAUACUGUAUUGUUAUCAAGAAAACAUUCCCUUUAAUCAAUUUCGAAAUGAAUCAAUGUGUACCUAGUUGGGAACUUGACGACACUCCCACUCCUCCAAAGCUUCCUCUUCAAACCCAAUCCAAUUCCUUAGCCCCUGAUGUCCCAUCAUUGGAUUAUGAAGUAGCUGAGCUAACGUGGGAAAAUGGGCAGCUAGCAAUGCAUGGAUUAGGUCCUCCACGGGUGCCUAAUAAUAAGCCCAUAUCCAACUAUGGAGGCACCCUUGAAUCAAUAGUGAACCAAGGCACCCGAUCCGUCCCUCACCACCACCAGAAAUUCGCUCUCGAUGGGAGCGGACACGGUGGGGAUGAGGUUGUCCCUUGGUUCAACUACCACCAUGUCGUCGCCGACACUCCUCUAGUUCCCGGCUCGCUCACUAUGGCCAAGGAUGCCUUAGUGCCAUGUUCCGCAAAUUCCAACUAUCACCGCCGACCACCAUCCUCCGUGCAGGUGCCGGGGCUUGAUGGCUCCACACAUGUGGGGUCAUGCAGUGGCGCCACUAACAACAGAGACUGGAUGGCGGCGCCACUUGUGGGAACGGAGCCCACACACGAGGGGAGCAGCCGGGCAGAUAUGAGUGUAAGUGGAAGCGCAACGUGCGCGGGAGAUAGCCGCCAAUUGACAGUUGACACGUAUGAUAGAGAAAUGGGUACAGGAAUGUACACUUCUACAUCUAUGGGGUCACCGGAAAACACCAGCUCCGACAAGCAGUGCACCAAUAGGACGGGGGACGACCAUGAUUCCGUUUGUCACAGCAGAUCUAAGAGGGAGGUAGGUGAUGAAGAGGAUGAGAAAAAAGGAUCU